GAGACCAAGACCAGACCAGACCAUACCAUCCAUGGCCAUUCCCGUCCCGUCUCAUCUUCGUCCUCUCUUGUUCUCUUUAAUCUCCAAGUCCUCCCACCCCCUGUUCGCCAUUUCUUUUUACUCCAUCCUUUGCCCAAUUUCUUUUUCGUGCCCGUUUUCCCCCUCAGUCUCUCCUCGUUGACUCUUGUCCACUAUAACCUGACCAGACCUGACCAGACCACGCCAAACCACGCCCAACUUGAUCAAGCUCCGAUUCACCGUCGCGCACCAAAACAACUUAACGACCUACCUAUAACUCGAUCCAUUCAAGCCUUGGCUACCAUACCACAACCUACCGCGCCUUGCCUGUCCGGUCCUCUCGCUCCUCUGACUAUCGACUCAUCCGUCGUUGCUCGCCUCUUCUCUCGACUUCGAACCCUCAAUCACUUCCGUUUCAUACUCGUCGCUAGUAUCCACCAGCACCAGCUUCUCUUCCUUUUACCCAAGUCAGCGUCGUAUCGCGCAUUGUCCACCAUCAUGCCUGCCUCCUUGGACUCUUCCCGGCCCAUCAUGGCCCCUUCGAACCGCAACUCUGUUCGCUUCAGCACCUACAGCAUGGCUCCCUCGUUCGCUCCCACCGUCCAGACCACCGAUUCGGCCCACGCUGAGAUCCGCGACAUCGCCACUGGCCUCGACCGCAUGGAGAACAAGGCCCUCACCUCGCAGCGCGUCGUCCUCACCGACGAAAAGACCGACACCAUGAGCAAGCUCGCCCUGGGUGCCAAGCUUGAGCGCGCCCUCGACAGGAGGAUGGUCGGCCAGGACGCCGUCAUGCGACCUCGCGGUCAGAGCCUCAACGAGAAGCUCAGCGAGAAGGCUGAGUAA